AUGUUAGUACAACUGGGUUUAAAUAAAGCAGUACCUGUACUUGCUAGACGUACUUUGUUGGCUAGACCAGCUUUGAUUAGAGGAUUUAAAUCUACUUCAAUUUCAUUAAAAGAUCCACCAUAUGUUAAAAUUGAUUCAUUAAAACCAGGUGAAUCUGAAUUAUUAAUUUCACAGAGAAAGACAAGACCAAUUUCACCUCACUUAACUAUCUAUCAACCACAAUUAACUUGGUAUUUAUCAUCCGUACAUCGUGUUUCUUUGAUUUUUAUGGGUGGCGCAUUUUAUGCAUUGACAAUAUUAUUUGGUGGUGCUGCAUUAUUAGGUAUGGGUUCCAAGGUAAAUACAGAAUCUGUUACUAAUUGGUAUCAUACUACGGUAUCAAAAUUUUCUCAAAUUUCAUUAAAGACAGGUUUCGCCUAUUUAUUCGCAUUCCAUUAUGGUUUAGCUGUAAGACAUAUGAUUUGGGACGCAGCAAAAGAACUAACUUUAAAGGGUGUCUAUAGAACAGGUUAUGCUGCUAUAGGUUUUGGUGCAUUGAUAGGUACCUAUUUACUAUCAUUAUAA